AUGUCAACCCAAACUCGCCCAGAAGUGCUAUGUAUAGGCUUCGGCGCACUAGGAACCAUCUAUUCCUACCUACUAUCCCGGGGUGGAGCUUCGAUCACUGCCGUCGCUCGAUCGAACUACACCACCCUUACCACAACCGGUAUCCGCAUUUCUUCAGCUAAAUAUGGCGAGAUUCCAGGGUGGAAACCGGAUAGGGUUAUUCGCGAGAGUGAACCCGAAAGCGCUCAGGAUAGGGUGUAUGAUUUUGUCGUUUGUGCCUUUAAAAACGUGCCUGAUUAUAAGAGCGCCUCUUCUAUCAUUCGGCCCUUUUUAAGUAGGGGCGCAGCUGGUGGUGGAGGAGGGGAAGGGGGUAAGUCACCCACGAUAGUAUUACUUCAGAAUGGGGUAGGGAUAGAAGAAGAGGUACAGCGAAACCUGGUCGAAGGAAAAGGGGAGGGAGGGGAAAAGUUAGCUGGAGCUGUGAUAAGUGCUGUUGCUUGGAUCGGAGCGAACUUAGUCGAGGGAGGUACAAAAGUCAGCCAUGGUGCGCUGGAAAGAUUAGAGAUGGGCGUAUAUCCUUCCACCAUUUCCUCCCUUCUCCCUUCUGGCCUUCGACAAGUUUCUCCGUACCAACAGGCGGCACUCGACACUUUCACCUCUAUCUACACUUCAGGCGGGGGAGGCGGGAGUGCGGUAGGCGACAUCGAAGCGGUAAGAUGGAAGAAAGUCCUUUGGAACGCUUCUUGGGGCGCACUCUCAACUCUCGCUCGACUCCCAGUCUGCGAUCUUCUAACAGAAGAUACGCUACACUAUUCAGUAGGAGUGGUGAGGAGGAUCAUGUUGGAGAUAAUAUACGUUGGAAGGGCGUGUGGGAUGACAGAAGAAAGAUUCCCAAUAAGCUCGGUCGAUCAAGCAUUAAAUAUCACUUUAGCGACGUCAGACGUGGAUGGGCUGAAAGACGAGAAGAAUGGUGGAAGGUUAGCGGCGGAUUUCAAACCGAGUAUUUUGCUAGAUCUGCAGAAUGGUAGGCCGAUGGAGUUGGAGGUGAUCAUUGGGACUAUUGUGCGGUUGGCAAGAGAGAAAGGAGUGGAUACACCGAGAUUGGAUUUAGUGUUGGGUGCUUUGAAGCCUAAUCAAGUGCAAGCUAUCAGAACUGCUCGACAAAAGGAUGGCGGUAAAGGGGAGGCCGAGGUGGAAGGGGUGACAAAGUAUAGUGAUUUAGUUGCGACUAGUAGGGGUAAUUGGCCUGCUGGUGCGCCCGUCUCCUCAUCUCCCAGCACUUAUCUCUGA